AAGUGCAAAUUAUAAUUUAGGGUUUGGGUUUCGAUAAAACCCUGGGAGCAGCCAAAAUUCUGUUGCGCUUUUUUCACCCCCAUUUCGUGGUACGACAGCAGGGGUCUCGAUCUUGCGCAUCUCUUUACUCGCAUGGCUCCCAAAAGAGGCAUUAAGGCCCCAGUACUGGCAAAGAAGAAACCUGAAAAGGUGGUUAACCCUUUGUUUGAGAAGCGACCCAAACAGUUUGGAAUUGGUGGUGCACUGCCACCAAAGAAGGAUUUAACUAGGUUUGUCAAGUGGCCUCAUGUUGUUCGUAUUCAGAGGCAAAGGAGGAUUCUGAAGCAACGUUUGAAGGUUCCUCCUGCUGUUAACCAGUUCACAAAAACGCUUGACAAGAACCUUGCUACGCAACUCUUCAAAUUGUUGCUUAAAUAUAGACCUGAGGACAAGGCCGCUAAGAAGGAAAGGCUUGUUAAAAGAGCACAAGCUGAAGCUGAGGGGAAAACUGUGGAAUCAAAGAAACCCAUUGUUGUUAAAUAUGGACUUAACCAUGUCACUUAUCUCGUCGAGCAGAACAAAGCCCAAUUAGUGGUUAUUGCACAUGAUGUUGAUCCCAUUGAGCUUGUUGUUUGGUUGCCUGCCUUGUGCCGGAAAAUGGAGGUCCCUUAUGCAAUUGUGAAGGGGAAGUCAAGACUUGGAGCGAUUGUUCAUAAGAAAACAGCUGCAGCUUUAUGCCUUACAUCUGUGAAGAAUGAAGAUAAAUUGGAAUUUAGCAAGAUCUUGGAGGCAGUCAAGGCCAACUUCAAUGACAAGUUUGAUGAGCACCGGAAGAGGUGGGGUGGUGGCAUCAUGGGAUCCAAGUCUCAGGCCAAGACCAAGGCUAAGGAGAGGCUCUUGGCUAAGGAGGCGGCUCAGAGAAUGUCUUGAGCGUUCUAGGAACUAGAGAAGAGAGUUGCAAUGAAGAGGGACUUAUGAUGAAUUUUGCAUUUUUUUAUCUUAUGGUUUUUCUUUUUUGUAUACUUCUAUUCGUUAAUGGAGUAGAUCAGAUAUACCUGACCAUUUUCUCUUA